GCGGACUUGGUGCUUUCCUCAAAGAGUUCGCCCUGCGGUGCCUGUGAUGGGGAAUGGGGCAGGGGGCUGAGAGAGAAACGUUCUUCCCUUUUUAAGAAGGGGAGGGGGGAAAGACUGAGACGUUAAAUUCUUUUGCAAACAUUCGUGCCGAAGGAAGGGCUGGAACAGGCAGCCCCGGCCGCCGGAACCGGUCGGACAGGUAGCGAGCUUGUUGACACCGUUAUGUUGCAGGGCGCAUGCUCACUCCCAAGUUUCCUGGUGCCUUUUCUAUUCCACCUUAUGAAACUUUUUCCUCGGCGUGGUCUCACCCGCGAUUUGAGGCAUAGGUGUCGCCGAGCCGGGAGGCUGGGAGUCGCCGGGCGUGCGGGGGAGAGGCCGGGCCGCGCCGCGGCGGGGGGCGGAGGGAGAGGGCCGGCCGGGCGGGAAGGUGGGCUCUGGCCGCGGGGAACCGGGGACCGAGCCGCCGCCGCCCCUAGAGGGGAGCAGCCGGGACGAGGGGCCGCAGUCCGGGGAGGGGGCCCCACGAUGCCCAAAGUCUUCCUGGUGAAGAGGAGGAGCCCGGGGGUCUCGGUCCGCAGCUGGGAUGAGCUCCCGGACGAGGAGAGGGCAGACACCUACAUCCCAGUGGGCCUGGGCCGUCUGCUCCACGACCCUCCCGAGGACUGCCGCAGCGACGGCGGCAGCAGCAGCGGCGGCGGCAGCAACAGCGCGGGGGAGCCCGGAGGCGCGGAGAGCAGCUCGUCCCCGCGCGCCCCCGAGCGCGAAACCCCCGAGCCUGGCGAUGGCGAGGUCCCCGGUGGACACCUGGCGGCGAAGCAGCGCCCGGUCGCCAGAUCGAAAAUCAAGUUCACCACAGGCACCUGCGGCGGCGACGCGGCGAUUCACACCUGCGACCUGUGCGGCAAGGCCUUCCGCCUGCAGCGCAUGCUCAACCGGCACCUCAAGUGCCACAGCCAGGUGAAGAGGCACCUGUGCAGUUUCUGCGGCAAGGGCUUCAACGACACCUUCGACCUCAAGAGGCACGUGCGCACGCACACAGGCAUUCGCCCCUACAAAUGUGACGUCUGCCACAAAGCCUUCACCCAGCGUUGCUCCUUGGAAUCCCACCUGAAGAAGAUCCAUGGGGUGCAGCAGCAGUAUGCCUACAAGCAGCGCCGGGACAAGCUGUACGUCUGCGAAGACUGUGGCUACACGGGCCCCACCCAGGAGGACCUGUACCUGCAUGUGAAUGGUGCCCACCCGGGCAGCGCGUUCCUCAAAAAGACAUCCAAGAAACUGGCAGCCCUCUUGCAAAACAAGCUGACAUCCACGCUCCAGGGCAAUGCCAACCUGAGUGAGGAGGAGGAGAAGUAGGAGAGGGCGUGGAUGCCAAUGCUGCCACGUGUCCACAGAUUCCCAGUCUUGAGGGCCCCCUGACCCACGGGCUCUUUCUAAGUCCAAGUGUUCCGUCCAUCUCUCUGUCCUCUGGGGGCCUUGAUGGGGGGCUCCGUUCCAAGGCUCUCAGUGAUAACAGUGGCUUCAGACCCCCCGUAACCCGUAUCCUCAGGAACACUGUCACAUGAAUGAAAGCUUGUGGAUGGUUAUGAUCACCGUCUGGGGUUUGGGUUUUUUUUUGUUUUGUUUUGUUUUGUUUUUUUUUUUUUAGGAUUUUCACACAUGGAGGCAGGGGUGUUCUUAAGAGAGACACCCCUUGGAGAGAUUGAUAUGGUGCCUUGAAAUAAAAGUACUUCCACUUGAAAUGCUCCUCCAGCAGGGAAAAUGAAUCCUAUUAUUCUGAAAGAGUUAGCAGGAAUUAUUUUAAUAAAGGAAACGUCCUGGUGACAUUUUCCUGAUCAGAAUGAAACAGGAGAGCGUUGACCUGCAGCUCCCUGUCCAGGGCAUAUCGUGGGACCUUCGACUUCAGGUUAUUUGGGGGGUGAUGUUUUGUACUAGUGGGUGGGUUUGAAGAAGGGCAUCUUGAGCGUUGGGUAAAGGUAAACAGACAGCUGGUGACAAGACAGCCCCACACGUGGCUGCCAGGCAGAGGCGCUGGGCUCAGCUUGGCAGGCGGCUCACAGAUGCUCUUUGGGCCAGGGUGUUGCUGCAGAGAUGCUCUGGCCUCCAGGACCGGGCCUGCUGGCUGAAGGCCAUCCCCCCUCCGUGAGUCCAGCACCAGGGACAUCGUGGACAUCGCGGGGCCGAGGCUGGAGCAUGAGGAGACCCUGGGGGCCCUCAGUGCCCCUGCAGGGGGGCGGGGGGGGGGGAGGUGAGGGCGGCGUCAGCAUCUCCUUCCGGGCAUGUGACUGCUGCGCGAGGUGACCUUUGGCCACCUGCACCUUCUCCUGUGGGAGGUUAACAAUAAAGCCGACGGGGGGAUGGGGCGAGUGUGUGAGGUGGUCUCCAGGGUCUUUCUGUGCCUGCAGGGGCUGGAGGAAGGACCUAGAACUCUCAGGAGCCUCUGUGGCCGGGAGGGAUUGAAUUGUAGGAGGUGUGGAUCAGCUGUGCCUGGGCGCUGACGGGGCGGUGUGCGCAGGCUCAUUUCCACUCUGAAAGUCAAGGAAGUCUUUCUUUGGGAACGUUUGGAUGGUGAGGCCAUUUUCUUUCUUAUUUCCUCCCUCCCA